GGAGUAAGAUCACACAGCUUUCUUAUUACAAAACAUAAUUUUAUAUCAAGUAAAAUUAGUCUGUGAGGUUAUGGAGAGUGAGGGAAAGAUUGUGUUUACAGAAGAGCAGGAGGCUCUUGUGGUGAAGUCAUGGAGUGUCAUGAAGAAAAAUUCUGCUGAUUUGGGUCUUAAACUCUUCAUCAAGAUCUUUGAGAUUGCACCAACAACGAAGAAGUUGUUCUCGUUUUUGAGAGACUCACCGAUCCCUGCUGAGCAAAACCCAAAGCUCAAGCCUCAUGCUAUGUCUAUUUUUGUCAUGUGUUGUGAAUCAGCAGCACAGCUGAGAAAAACAGGAAAAGUUACAGUGAAGGAGACAACUUUGAAGAGACUUGGAGCCAAUCAUUCUAAAUACGGCGUCGUUGAUGAACACUUUGAGGUGACCAAGUAUGCAUUGUUGGAGACGAUAAAGGAGGCGGUGCCGGAGAUGUGGUCACCGGAGAUGAAAUCUGCUUGGGGUCAGGCUUAUGAUCACCUUGUUGCUGCCAUUAAAGCUGAAAUGAAGUCUUCUCCUUAAUAUAAUAAGCAGAUAUCUACUUAUUACAAAACUUGUAAUCAAAUUUUGAUUAUGAGUUGUUUGUAUCCACAUUACGAUUAAGUCUUUUUUCUUUUCUUAUUUAUCUAGUUUGUACUAUUUGCAAUGAAAGGAAUGGUUUUAUUGGGCAAAUACUUUGAUAAGGAUGAUGCUCCUGUUCGAACUAAUUGGAUAGUAUAUAUGUCUGGAGAAAGAAAUGAACGCUUUGUUUCACAAGGAAUCC